AUGGUAUCGGUUCGCGUUGUGCUCGUUGGAGUGGUCCUCGUCGCCCUUGGCUGGACCACUGCCACCGAACUCGAAGAUCCUCCCGUCACCCAGGCGGACGAUGCGAAGAUCGUCGGCGGCAUGACGGCUCAGGAACGGAUCCCGUACCAGAUCUCGCUCCAGGUGCUCGUCAGCUCGUUCUUCGGGUUUGGUCCACGGCGCUGGAUGCACAACUGUGGUGGGUCCAUCGUGAACGAGUACUACAUCGUGACGGCGGCCCACUGUCUGGACGGUAUGGACCCGGCCCGGAUGUCGAUCGUGGCCGGUACGAACGAUCUGCGGAAUGAUGGGGCUGCCGGUACGCGCUACCUGAUCGAGUCGUACCUCAUCCACCCGGACUACAUCGAGCUGAACCGGAGCGAUAUCGGCGUGAUGCGGACCCGCGAGAUGAUCGCGUUCAACGAGAAGGUGUCAACGAUCCGCUACUCGUCGGACUUUGUUGGCGGCGGUGUGAUGUGCCUGCUGACGGGCUGGGGCUACACGAUGCCGAUCCGGAUCGGAUCGACGCCGCAGGACCUGCAGAAGGCGGAACUGACGACGAUCACCAACGAUCAGUGCCGUGAACGGGGAAUGCCCGUCAACCCGACCGAGAUCUGUACUUUUACGCGCGUCGGUCAAGGUGCUUGUGGAGGUGACUCGGGUGGACCGCUCGUAUGCAACAACCAGCUGUCCGGAGUAGUGUCCUACGGUACGCGGUACUGCGGGAUCGGAGUUCCCGACGUCUACACCCGCGUUUCGGAGUUUGAUUCGUGGAUUCAGGAGAACACCCAGAUCACCGGGGGCAACCAGUCGGAACCGAUGGGACAGUAA